GUUUCGUGCUUUAUCUUAUUCUUAAAUAGUGCGUGUUUGGUAGCACUAGCACUUCCGAAUAAUGGGUGAGCAUUGGCAUUUGAAAUACUUUUUAAUUGCUAUUAUUUUAAAGUAUAGCAAUGGAUAUAGAGAUGGAUGUAACCGGUUCGUUGCUAAAAAUGUGGGUUCACUCAACGCUACCUUCCUGAGCUCUUUGAUAGACCCAAUUAAAGAUAAGAUUCCAGUUUUCAACGAGAAGACGGUACCGAAUCUUCCUGAAAUAAUAGACGACUUCAACGAGGGAACCAGUAGCGAAGAUAUAUUUCUCAAUAUCACGCAGAUUUUGACGAAAUAUGGAUAUGAAUCGGAGCAACAUACUGUGCAAACUAGUGAUGGCUAUCUGUUAGAUAUCUUCCGUAUUCCGGGUAAGGGUCCCGUCGUGUUUAUAAUGCAUGGGAUAUUGUGUAGUUCCGAUUCAUUCACCUCCACUGGCCCUGCGAUAGGGUUGCCUUACCUGCUAGCGGACCUCGGGUACGACGUGUGGAUCGGCAACGCCCGCGGCACUGAGCACGGCCGGCGACACGUCACCCUCUCCCCAGACUGCAAAGAGUUCUGGCAAUUCUCCUGGGACGAAAUAGGAAGGUAUGAUGUACCCGCUUCCAUAGACUACAUAUUGGAUAAAACGAAACAGAAAAAACUGGCUUACAUCGGCCAUUCUCAAGGCACGACGACAUACUUCGUGAUGACUUCCGAAUUUCCAGAAUAUAAUAAUAAAAUAUCGGUAAUGAUAGCCCUGUCGCCAGUAUCGUACCUAAGUCACACGCAGAAUCCUAUACUGCCCUUAUUAUCUAGGCCGAUAGCUGUCGAAGAUGCGCUGUUGUCAGCCAUCGGUUUGUACGAAUUUUUCCCACGUAACCCACUCACGUCUGCUCUGACAACCAUAGCGUGCGGGACAGAGGUGACGGCGACUAUAUUCUGCAACAAUCUGGCGUUUCUUUUUGUUGGAGCAGAUUAUGGUCAAAUUAACGCUCGAAUCUUGCCGGCGUUCUACGGACAUUAUCCGGCGGGAUGCGGCACGCUGCAAUUAAUACAUUUCGCUCAAUUAAUUAAUACUGGGAGAUUUUGCCAAAUGGAUCACGGCACGUUUGAGAAUUUAGCUAGAUAUGGCACUGCGCGACCACCAGAUUAUCGUCUGGAGAAAAUAACCAGUAAAAUUGUAGUUUUCACCUCUGACAACGAUGUUAUCUUUUCUGCGCCUGCGGAUAGGGAGAAGCUCAUCGCCAGGCUGCCAAAUGUUGUGGAACAAUACAGAGUGCCAUACGCUAAGUUUGCGCACAUGGACUACCUCUUCGCAAGGGAUGUAAGGGAACUAGCUUAUGAUAAAAUAGUGGAAGUGUUAUCUGACUAUGCCUAGUGAUUUUAUCGCCGCUGUCUUCGAUAUAGUUAUAUAUGUCUAUAUACUUAUAAAGUUAUACUAUACAUAAACCUAUGCCUAGUGAUUUUAUCGCUGUUUUCGAUAUAGUUAUAUAUGUAUAUAUAGGUACUUAUAAAAUUAUACUAUACAUAAACGUG